UGGCUCCGGACCCACCAGCCUCCUGAGGAGGCAGCCACCACUCCUUUUGGUUCUAGAUUCUUUGUCCUCACCUCAAAAGGCAGGGAUGGGCCUGCUGUUUUCCACCUGGAUCUCUGGGCAAGGUGGGAUGGGAUGGGAGUUGAGGAGGAGCGUGGGGCGGGGGUGUUUGCACUUGUGCCUCAGCAGUUCCCUGUCCCCUCCCCCCCCACGCUUGUGACCCCUGCCCUUGAGGUGCCCUCAUUGUUUUUCUAUUGGGUGGGCCUUAGCUUUCCCUCUGUAGAGUCCUCCUGCCACUGCCUGCUGGGCUCCUCAUGCCUCAGCCCCUUUGGCACGUCAGAUGUCGUUCUUGGGCCCAGUGCCCAGUGGGGAGAGGGGAGGGUAUUUGGACCCACAGGGCAAGGUGGCACACCUCCUGCUGUUAGUUCUGGUCCCAGUUGGGCAGGGUACAGGCGGUCACUAAGAAGUCUGUAAAAGCUAAGCUGCCCUGGGGCCUUUACCACUGGCUUCUGGAAUGGUCCAGAUGGGCUGGAUGCAAACCCCCACCCCCCAGGUGUUUACUAGAAGCUGCACUAGGGGUAGCUUGUGCCCCUUCUCCUGGCAUUUUCCAGUCCCUGCAGCCCCUUCUUCCCACUCUAAAGGCCUCCCCACUCAUGGUCCAUGUGUCCCAUGCCAGCCAGAGCAGUGUAAGCCACACUUGGCCCCUGCCCCAGGAGUGGUCUCAUGGAGGGGAUCCUUGGGCCUGUCAGCAGCCCAUGCCAUCAGGGAGCUGGAGGGAGUCUGUUGCUGCCCACGUGGCUACAGCUCCUCCUUUUCUUCAAGUUAUCAAAAAGGGCCCUGGGCUGCCCACCUCAUCCCCCUACCCCAUGGACUCCUGUGUGAGGGGCUCCCUGGGUGAGGCAAUAAAGAGUUUUGAUUCCAGAUGGUGUCCUGUCAUUGUUUCCCCCCUCUCUGUGUCCCUAGCCCCUUUGACUCCUAUCUUCUUGGUGUCCUUGGCUACCUGCACCCCCCGGCGAGGGGUCUGGUUGAGGCCACCUUCAUUGCCUGGAAUUCACAGAGACGUCAGCCUCCCUCAGCCCCCUGAGGUAGGCGCUGUCAUCCCCAGUUUACAGAUGACACAAGCCCGGAGAAGCAAUGCAAUUUGCUCAAGGUCACAGGACGAGCAGCACCACGACUCAGAGGGAGAGAGUGAGCCUGGUCCAAGGCCAGUGGGGAUCCCGUGGCAGAGCUGGAGUGUAACACAGAUCUUUUGGCUUCCGGGAGCCUGGCUCUUACCCGUGGACAGCUGCCUAGAAACUAGCUGCGGUGUGGAGACCCAGAACUCGCCGCAGAAGGACUACGGACUGGUCCUGUGAGGGGGACACACAGUGGGGAAGCCUUCCAGCAGUUGGAGGGGGGCACAAAUGGACUAGGGAUGUUGAGACAGGAAAUAGAGUCUGUGGCCAAGGCUCGAGAGACCUAGGAGAGAAGGAUGGUCAGAGAGGAUUUAUGGUGAGGAGCCUAAGGGUCAGGCUUCAGGGUCAGGCAGCCCAAGAGGAGGCUGCACUGUCUUGGGAGUUGGUUACACUUGUCAGUGACCGUGUUUGAGGGGGUCUGGACUGGUAUGGAGCAUAUUUGUGAGUGGGCCAGAGGGUUACUUACCCAGGUUGUCCCCUGGUGCCUUCCAAAGCGAGGGAAAUGACGAAAGUGGCGUGUUGGAAAGGGCCUCUCUGACAACUGUGGAAUAAGGGGCUGGAGGGGGCAAGUAUGAAAUCAGGGAGACCAGAGAGAAGGAAGCUUCCAGAAGAGGCUGAGCAGACACUGAUAUUUGGGCAGCAUUGGGGCGGACAGAGAAGCACAGAUGGAAGAUCCCUGGAGGAAAGAGUGGGUCACAACCAUGACCAGCAGGGAGAAGCAGGAGGCCUGGGGGACUGGUCGAUGGGAGCUGUUUACAGAAGUGGGAACCUGGAAAUAAGGUUUCAGUGUGGAGGGAGCCAGAUGAGUUCAGGUUGAGAGGACAGCAGGAGGGGUGGCCGGAAACACCAGAGUCCAGGAUGGUAGCAGCCAUAGGAAAAUCAGCACAGAGAGAGGAAGGGAAAUUAAGAAACCCGAGGAGGAAACAAUGAAGUCUGAUGUCUUCCAGGGGUGGGGAUUGCUGACAGGUAGGAGGGAGCCUAGAAAAACAUCCCUGGGAGGAGCCAGGACCAGGAUGGUGGGAGGGGCUGAGG